AUGGAAGGAAAGAAAUAUAACGAAGUUCUUAGCGAAAUGAGAGAGAAAAUCGACAUCGAAAAGAUCGGGGUACAAGUGGACAAGCUAAAAAGAACGAAUGGGGGAGAUCUACUAGUAAAGUUAAAUGGGAGCGAGGCUGCGGCGAAGUUCAGGGCCGAGCUGGACAGCAAAAGGAACGGGAUGGACACGGCAAUCCGAAGAAAGAACACUUUCUUCAUAAUUACGAGUUUGGACCCUGGGGUUGGAGAAGAAAGUUUAAAAAAAGCAAUAAAUAGUUAUACAGGCGUUGCUGAGGGAGAGAUAGCAGUUAAGGCUCUAAGAAACCAAUAG